AGAGCUCCCACAAAAAUUCACACAACAGCCAAUUCAACAAAAAGUCUCAUCUUUCACACUGCGCUUUACCUCACCUCUCUCUCUCUCUCUCUCUCUCUCUCUCUCUUCAUCCACACACACACACAACACACACUAAAUCUCAUCUGCAGCAGUUCUGCACCAACAACGAAUUCCCUAACCAGAAACAGCAGCACCGUAUCUCAAGAUCAUAUCAGCAGAUGGGCAAAUCUCACCAUCCCCGGAAACCACCCACCGGCCGCACAAACCUAGCCUCCUGCAUAGUCGCCACCGUGUUCCUCGUUUUCGUAGUCAUCAUAGCCCUCAUCGUCUACUUCACCAUUUUCAAGCCCAAGGACCCCGUCCUCACCGUCAACGCCAUCCAGCUCCCCGCCUUCUCCGCCGCCAACUCCACCGUCAGCUUCACCUUCUCCCAGUACGUCACCGUCAACAAUCCCAACCGCGCCGUCUUCACCCACUACGACAGCUCCCUGCAGCUCAUCUACGCCGGCAGCCAGGUGGGCUUCAUGUUCAUACCCGCCGGAAAGAUCCAGGCCGGGAGAACUCAGUACAUGGCCGCCACUUUUUCAGUUCAGUCCUUCCCGCUCUCGGUUUCAGGGCAGCCCGAGAGCGUAGGCCCCACCGUGACUGACGGGCUCAGCGGGUUCCGUGUGGGACCGAGCAUGGAGGUGGAGUCGAGGCUGGAGAUGGCAGGUCGGGUUCGCGUUCUGCAUUUCUUCACUCACCAUGUGGAGGCCCGCGCGGAUUGUCGGGUGUCUAUUGCUGUUAGCGAUGGAUCCGUUUUAGGCUUCCACUGUUAGUUACUGUUGUUUCUCCUUUUACCUAUUUCCCUUCCCUUUGAUGAUCAACGUGAUUGUGGGGUUUCUUUA